AUGGAUAAUCAUUUAUUUAGACCAUUCAGAGCAUUGGGAUAUAUUACAUCGAAUGUACCAUUCCAAUUGAAAUCAGAGAAUCUGAUAUAUACCAUCAUGGUAUCUAUUGGUAAUUCUUUCCAGCUUAUACAUUCAGAUAAAUUGAUUCCAUAUAUGACAUCUGCAAGUCAAAUAGGAAAAAUAAAAACAAUGCAAUUUUAUGCACGUGAAUUCUAUGUUACAAAUUCAAAGAACAAUAUAAAUCUAUGGAAAGGACCUAAUAUUGAAAAUACAUUUACAGGACAUUCAGCUUCAGUAACAGGAUUAUUGGUUUUGGAUAAUAUUUUGCUUUCAUUGUCAAAGAACAAUGAGUUGAUGAUGUGGGAUUUGGAGAGUAGAGUCAAAUUUACCAGUCAAUUGCCAUCGAUCGAUGCUAAACAAUUUAGAAUUACAACGAUGUUCCAUCCAGCCAACUAUUUCAAUAAGGUGUUGUUGGGAUCGGAACAGGGUUCACUUCAACUCUGGAAUCUCAAGACCAAGAAGAUGAUCUAUAGUUUUGCAGGUUGGGGAUCACCUGUUCUCUCGAUUGCUCAAUCGCCUGCAAUCAAUAUUGUAGCGAUCGGUCUUGCCGAUGGUCGUGUCAUCUUGCACGACUUAAAGUCGGACGCGACUGUCGCCACACUCUCUCAGAAGGGUGGAGUCACCUCUAUUUCAUUCCGUAGCGAUGGAACCGCUCAUAUGGCAACAGCAAACGCACAAGGAAAGAUUAAUAUCUGGGAUUUGGAGAAGAAGCGAUUGGUCGUGUCGCAGCGAGCGCAUGUUGGCGCGAUCGGUGCCGCACAGUACUUCCGUGACGAACCGAUUAUGUUGACCAACGGAAAUGAUAACUCACUGAAAGUAUGGACUUUCCACGAUACAACUAGAAGCGCACCUAUUUUGUUGCGUGAGCGUAGUGGACACCCAUCGCCACCCAGCCAAAUCCGAUUCUUCACCGACGACGACAUGAUUACGAUGUCGGCCGGUGCACUGCGUCACAUGAAUAUCAACUACAGUUUCUUGAAUCGUGUGUUGAGUAAGAAGGAUAGUAAGAUUGACCAGCUGCGUGCAUUCGAUUGCAAUGCCAGACAGCAUCGUGCUUUCGACACGGUGGUGAGUGCCGCCGACGGACAGCGUAUCGCGCGUACUUGGAACGUAGAGAAUUUCACCAUUGGACAACAUCAAAUGGAUGCCGGUGCCAAUAUUUCUAGUAUUGCCGUUUCAACUUGUGGACAUUUCGCCAUAUUGGGUAGUGUCAACGGACAUAUCACCAAAUACAACAUGCAAUCCGGUUUGAAACGUGGCAAAGUCGAUGCAAAGUAUCAACACUCCAAUGCCAUCAGUGGAUUGUUUGUCGAUCCAACCAAUAAAUAUAUAGUAAGCGGUUCCAUCGAUGGAAGAAUCACAUUCUGGUUGCUCUCCAACAUGACAAUCGACAGAAACAUACCGUUGGGUACAGAGGUACUCGCUAUCAAGCAUCACGCAGAGUCAGGAUUGUAUGCAGUGGUUUGCGGUGAUAAUGUUGUGAGAGUGUUUGACAUUGCUCAAGAUGUUCCAGUAAGAGUAUUCGAUAUCGGUCAAACAGUAGUUGAUAUUAGUUUCAGUUCGGACGGUCGUUGGCUUGUGAUUGCCGGUGAGGAGCAACUCAGAGUAUACGACAUCCCAUCGAGUGCAUUGCUAGACUGGUUCUUGGUUCACAAGAAAUUGACAUCGAUUGCCUUCUCACCAAGAGGAGACUACCUCAUUUCCACUCACGAGAAUCAGCUGCCUGUCUAUCUCUGGACCAAUCAAUCAUACUUUGGAUCGACCAUGCUCGAGAAACCAUCGGAUGUUCCAACCUACCUCGACAUGCCAUCACAUCAAUCCGACCAAAAAUCAAUCUCAUCAGAUGAUAGCAACGAUAAGGAAACAGGAGAAGCGGAAGUAGAUAAAGAUCAAGGUGUACCUGUAAAUGAUAUCGAUAUGGAAGAUGACAACGAUAAUAAUGAUCAAGACAAUCAAGAAGAGAAUGACGAUGAGAAUCAUGUUAUUGUAGAUCAAAUUGGAUCGUUGAUUACAUUGACACAGAUACAAAAGUCAAAGUGGAAUACCCUGUUGAAUCUAGAUACCAUUAAGAAGCGUAAUAAACCAAUCGCUUCACAAAUGAAACCAGAGUUGGCACCAUUCUUUUUAUCGACAAUCACAGGAUUGGAACCAAAGUUUGCUACAGAGACAGAGACUGCUUCUGAGCAAUCAAAGAAAGAUAGUAAUAAUAAUAGUAAAUCAACAGAACAAGAUGGUGAAGAUGAUGAAGAGAAAGAUCCCGAGGGUUGGGAAGAUUGGGUUACACCAAACGACGAAACAGAGCAAGACGAUGAAGAUGAUUCAACAAGUAACGAUAAGGUAUUAAAGAAGAACAAGCUCAAUGGAUUUUCAAGAAGUUUUAAUAAUGAUGCGAAAACUAUAUUAUCAAAAGCAUUAGAGAAUUCAUAUAAAUCACAAAAUUAUAGUAAAGUAUUGAAAUUAUUUAAAAAGAUGACACCUUCUGCUAUUGAUUAUGAAAUACGAUCACUUUCUACUACAGAGAAUGCUGGUAUCGAUAUUCAUAUGAUGGUAGAUUUCCUUUGUUACCAACUUCGUAGUAACGAUGAUUUCGAUAUGAUUCAAUCGUUGGUUACAAUGUUGUUGCGAGUACACGGUGAUCAGCUAUACUCUGAGAACUUCAAAGAGGAUCUCGAACAACUGAAACAAUCACAACAAAUCGGUUGGUCAAGACUACAAAAGAUGUUCCAUGCCAACAUUUGUAUGUUAAGAUAUUUCACCAAUACUUUACAAUAA